UAAGGGGGAAAGAGAUCCCCGGCAAGGGAAGCUCCGGUUCCUCUCGGAUCCCCCGAGAUCAACGGCCGGAAAUCCGUCUACUAUUCUCCUCCGGUGACCGUCGCCUUCCACGUCGCAAUCCGAGUUUUCGAUCGAGUGUCGGACUUCGAUGCGUUCUAGCUAUUCCGUACGAGAAGAGGCGAGGAAUCGGUUUGCUUUUCCGGCGCUUGGGGAAUGGGGAAUCUCUUCACGAAGAAACCGAAAGUCACUGAUGUCGACAAGGCCAUCCUCUCGCUUAAGACGCAGAGACGCAAGCUCGGCCAAUACCAACAGCAGCUAGAAGCUGUGAUUGAAGCUGAAAAGCAGGCUGCCAGAGACCUUAUUCGUGAGAAGAAGAAAGAUAGAGCACUCCGUGCCCUGAAGAAGAAAAAGGCUCAGGAGGAACUACUAAAGCAAGUUGAUACGUGGCUUUUAAAUGUCGAACAGCAAUUGGCAGAUAUAGAACUAGCCAGCAAACAGAGAGCUGUUUUUGAAAGCUUAAAGGCAGGAAACAAUGCUAUCAAGGCAAUUCAAAGUGAAAUCAAUAUAGAGGAUGUUCAGAAGCUUAUGGAUGAGACAGCUGAGGCAAAAGCUUACCAGGAAGAACUUGAUGCUAUACUGGGACAGCAGCUUUCUGCAGAAGAUGAGGAGAAUGUGUUAGCAGAGUUUGAAAACCUGGAAACUGAGGUUGCACUUGAAGCUAUGCCAGAUGUUCCUGUCCAGCUAUCUCAUGUAGAAGAAAGAGAUGAAGCAAUUGGGGAAGAGAGAAUGGACCUUCCAGAUGUACCGACAGAGGUUCCAGCUAUCGCAAAGAAAAAAGUUAUGGAGGAACCAUUGCCUGCAUAAUCGUGGGAUGUUUGUCGAAGGCAAACUAUGUACAUCAACGGAGCCUUGUAUCUUAUAUGUUUAUAUUUCAACCACAGUCAGACAGUUCUUUACAUACUUGAUCUUGUUUAUAUACUAUUUUUGAGAGCAUUGAAUUUUUCAUUGGCCUUUUAUUUUAAAGAAUCAGCACUCUCUCCAACGCCAAACAUUUGUUUUAAUUACUUGGUAGCUUCGUAAGAGAAUGCUAUGGUGCCUAGUUCUGAUUCUGGUU